AUGUCAGGAGGAGAGGGGAAACGCACGGGGGAGCACUUGAAUUAUCUAACAUCCCGGAGGGAGUAUAAGAAGUUAGAUGGGUGUAUUAAUUUCUGUAGUAAUUCAAAUACCGCCGACAGAGUGGAGAGCGAAUUAAGAGGGAACUACAAUGUUCAAGACAACGCGGAGAAGGUAGUGAGGGCCUGGUGCGAUAAUCGAACAAUGGGGAGGGAUACAACAUGGAGCAGUCCAAUUUGCUACUGGUUUUAUUAUUGGUUGGGGGAUAUGAUAUCGCGCAAGGUGGGGAGUGGUACUGCAUUUUACAGUACUAUGGCAUGGAUUUACUCAAAGUUAAAGGAAAAUGGGGUUCCACAUACUUGCGACAUUCUGUACCACAGUGACCGCCCUGGCCAGGGACUCUUCAAACAUAGGAAAGUAGUGUACGAAUACUAUGAGGAUCAUAAUCUUAUGGAGUUCCAGGCAAGAACUUAUGGUCAAUUAUGUGACGCAGAAUAUAGGGAACAUAUGAGAGAAAUUAAGGAAGCGUGCGAAACUGUGGCAGCGGAUUGUGCGAAUGGGCCCAAUGCAAGUGGUUCAUACUGCACUUGGUUUAAAGGGAAAGAGGGCGGGAAUGAAGAUUACUGUAAUGAAGCAAAGAGAUCACAACUGCAGUGUACCAACUCCGAUGAAUUGUCGAAGGAGCCUCUUGAUUCUCACGGUCUGGCUCAUGGCGCCAUUGCAACUGUCACGGACAACCAGGAGCAAGUUGAUCCUGAGUUCCUUGGAAUUUCAUCUGAUGAGGAAGAGGAAUUGAGGAAUUUAGGUUUAGGGAGGAAGUAUGUAUAUUUAGAUGGUAGUUUAGGGACCGACUGUGUCUCCUAUGGGAACUACGACGAGAGCGAUAGUAUGAAGAACAAGUUAAGUACGGAUGUAUUAAAGAAUCACUCCUGGGAUGACGAACUCGCGGAGAAGGUUGUACAUACCUGGUGCUAUGUGAUGAAUAAAGUAGGGAGGAAUGGGGAUACUGAUGGGUGGUGUGAUUAUUUCUACUUCUGGUUGGGGGAUAAAUUAUACAAUGGGGCGGAGGGCCAUAGUACACUUUAUUCGGUUAUGAAUCGAGUAUACUUGGAGCUGCGGGGUUCGGAUGUAGGUAACGAGUGUAAUAUGAAGUAUGCAGGAAUGAAGAAAUUGGAUUUUAUAAAAAUGAAAAAAUUACACGAUUACGCCGGGGACCGGAGUUUUAUACAGCUGGGAAUGAAUAAAAUAAAUAGGGAUGAAAGUGCGGAAAAAUCAUGCACCCCAGCACUCCACAAAUACCUACAAAACGCUAAAAGAGCUUAUGAGUACAUACGAGCACGGUGCCAGGGGAGGACUCGGGAACCUGACUACUGCAGGGAUUUCGACGACAAAUAUAAGUCACUUAUAGGUGACCUAACCCAACAAUCCAACUGCACCGUUGCAGUUAAACCUGCCACCGCAGCAAAACCGGUUGCUGCCAAACCGGUAGCCGCUAAAACGUGUACUCCAGAUUCUUCCGGUUCUGGUGAACCUUGCACUCCCGAUUUACAUCAUAAUGGUGUCCCUGUUGAGGAAGGAAAAGGUGGUUCCGAUAGUGGUGGCAACAACACUGGAAGUGUCGUCACACCUUCUACUGUAGCUGGUGGUACCAUUGCCACCAUAGGAAUACCAACCAUUAGUUUCUUUUUAUAUAAAUAUACUGAUAUAUUUGAUGGAAUAAAAAAAUCCAUUUUUGGUGGCAGCAAUAAUAGAAAUAGGGGAAGAAGAUCUACCAUUGGACGUCAACACUUUGACGACAUACUCACAGAGAAUGAUUUUUCCACACUAGGAGAUGACGGUUCCACCACCCUCGGUGGUGGUGGGGGUGGAUCGUCCACCUUAGGUGGUAGCUCCACUGAUAUUUCUACCAUAUAUGAUGAUGGAGUACGACGACGUCAACCAACCGGAAGAGGAAGAACACGGACAGGAAUAAAUAAUGGAAGACCAGGAAAUAUACGUUAUUAUGCCACAUAA